UGAAUCUGAAUAUGAACAUAUGUAAUCACACUCAUUUUAAGAACGCCCCCUUCAUGUUCUACUUUUGGGGUUGGCAUGGGUGGGAACUAUCCAGAUCUUUUGUACUCUUUGAUUGUGCUUCAAGAUUCAUCUGUCAUUGGUUCCAUUAGAGGCAAGUCUAAGGCGGGAACAUUUACAGUGGCUUUAUUUGCAUAUAAAUACGGACAUUAUUAUUCACCGUGUUUUUGUUUUGUUUUUAUAUAGUUAAUAUAAUUGUUUAUCCGUCCUGAUCGUGACUUCAAAUAUAUUAAACUUGAUUACAAUUGGGCCCGUGGAACCUUUUGUCGUUACAUGUUUCUCACCGAGUUGUUUAGCGCGCGGACACAUUCCUUGUUCAACGGUAGCCGAAAUGUGAUUUUAUUUACACUUUUAAUCAACAUCUAACCGUUGUAACGUGGAUAUAAACCGAUACGGUUUUUAUUUUGACAUGCUGUUUACUUACCGUAGCUACUGCGAGGACAUAUUUAAUAAUGUUAGCUAACGUUAGGCUGCAGCCAAAGGAAGGAUUGCUUAUAACAAUGCUAACGACUUUAUUGUACACAACCUUAAUGUUAACGUACAUUAGCACGUUAACUAAACUGCAGUGAUAUCUUCCGUGUAUCUCCAUCCCACAACUCACCACGUCCUGUGAUCCAAAACAACAUACCGGAUGCCUAAUACCAGUGCAAAGCCGAAGCAUGGCAGGAGGCCCCGAAGGCGACGCAGAGAGGACCCAGCCAGGAACGAGCUGGUCUCUAGUUCUCUAGAAAGUGCCCAGCAGUGCCUGUUCAACCAAGAUUAUGGAACUGCGUUUGUGCACUACCUUCUGGUCCUCAACCUUGCACCUAUGUUUAAGGACUUUGCAAGGGAGUCCUUCAGGUUCACUCUCUUCAAAUGGACCGAAGAGCUGGACUCUGUGGGCCGCAUUCAAGACCUCUUUGACUGUUAUGAACAGGCGCUGGAACUGUUUCCUGCUGAUGAGGUUAUCCUGAACAGCAUGGGUGAACACCUUUUCAGAAUGGGCUUCAGAGACGAAGCCGCGGGUCAUUUCCAUAAAGCCUUGAAGCUGAGACCGGACUAUCCAGAAGCCAGGGAGAACUUCUACCGCGUGGCCAACUGGCUGGUGGAGCGCUGGCAUUUCUUAAUGCUCAACGACCACGGGAGGAACCGGAAGUACCAGCAAGCCAUUCAGAAGGCUGUGCAGAGCGGCUGCAACACGGUACUUGACAUAGGUACUGGCACUGGCAUCCUUGGUAUGUGCGCGAAGAAGGCGGGGGCUGCCGAGGUGUACGCCUGCGAGCUGUCGAAGACGAUGUAUGAAUUGGCCUGCGAGGUGUUGACCGCUAACGGGAUGGACGGUAGCAUCAAGAUCGUCCAUAUGAAGUCUCUGGAGAUGGAAGUGCCGAAGGACAUCCCACACAGGGUUUCCUUGGUGGUGACGGAGACGGUAGAUGCAGGAUUGUUUGGAGAGGGCAUCAUAGAGAGUCUCAUUCAUGCCUGGCACCACCUCCUGCUGCCUCCACAGAAAGGUGAGAAUGAAUUCCAGGAGCAGUCUGCGACAGGAAGGGUCAUCCCCGCGGGAGCCACCGUGUUCGGUAUGGCUCUCGAGAGCCUCGAGAUCCGCAGGCAUCACAGGCUUCGUGUGUCCGAGGUGGGCAGUCUGUCCAUCGCUGCAGCCGGAGAGCUCCGCAGUCCAGUGAGCUGCAGCCCUGAGCCGGACGACUCCAUGGAGCCUUACACCACAGAGAGACUGAGCAGACUGCCCGGGGGAUAUAAAGCUCUCACGGAGCCGUUCACAGCCCUCAACAUAGAUUUCAACAACGUGCAGGAGCUGGAGGGGCUGAGCUCCAGGGAGGUUCAGCAGAUCCGCCUCCCUGUCACUCAGGAGGGGGAGCUGGACGCUCUGGCUGUGUGGUUCCAGCUCCACCUGGACGAGGAGAGCAGUCUGUCCACUGGACCCGAGGAGGACACCUGCUGGGAGCAAGCCAUCUACCCUGUCCAGAGCACCAAGGGUUUUGUCCUGAAACCUAAAGACGAGCUGAUUGUUGAAGUCUCCUGCAGAGACGCCUUCCUGAGGCUCUGCAGUGUCGCCGUGCUGAGAGAUGGCCAUGAAAUCCGUCUAGACAAGCGGCUGGAUACGCACGACACUGGAGACUCCGUUUCAAAUCAAACCCCAGAGGCAGAACUGUGCAGUGCACUGGCGUGUCUUCAGACUGACCACAAUCAAACUAAAGACUUCUGCAUGCUGGAAUGUGCAGAAAUGGCGCUCCUGAACAAUCAGGAUUACCACCAAAGUUUCUCCAGCGCACUCGCCAAACUCAUCUCCCAGCUGAAGGUUAAAUGCCCAAACAAAGAGUCUGACACCGCAGACCUGCUCUAUGUGCUCGACGUGUCGGAGGGCUUCUCUCUGCUCUCACUCAUCGCUGCCAGCCAUGGUCACGUGAAAGCGUACAGCUCUGUGGAGAAGAACAAGCAACAGGAAGUCUUAAGGAGACUGGCUCGCUCCAACAAUGUCCCAGAAAAGCAUCUGGAGUUCUGGCUCAACAACAUGGAGGACGAGCAGGGGAUGCUGAAAAGGCCGUCCAGGGAGAAGCUGUGGAGUGCCAUCAUGCUGGACUGUGUAGAGACUUGUGGUCUCAUCAGGCAGAAGUUGAUGGAGAAAGCGUCACUGGCCAGGUGUUUGCUGGAAGACGGAGGAAGCAUUUUCCCAGUAAAGAUUGUGGUGCACGGUAUGUUGGUGGAGUCGGACACGUUGCUGCUGGAAAGUGCCGUCCAGGGUCAGGAGCCGACGCUGGGAUUCAAUAUUGCUCCGUUCAUCAACCAGUUCACUGUACCGGUACAUGUGUUUUUGGACUUUUCCACACUGGAGUGCAGGCAUCUCAGUGAGUUUGUGGAGCUCUUUGUUCUCGACUUAAUGGAUUCCACCGCCAACUACACAAACAGAGAAGUGAAGGUCCAGGCUACGUCUGCAGGUAGAAUAACUGCAAUUCCCUUCUGGUACCACAUCUACCUGGACCAGGAGAUCAGCGUCAGCACCCUCAGCCAGAACUCUCACUGGAAGCAGGCGGCCGUUGUGCUGCAGCAGCCCCUGGAGGUACGAGCCGGAGACUGGGUCCGCCUCGCUGUGAAGCUUCACAAGAGUGCCAUCUCCAUAUCAGCCCACAUAGAGAAUACCCCCGGACCAAUGGAACAAUAAACUCUUACAACGUAGUUUUGCAAUUAGUUUCAUUUCUAUAUAUUUUAUGCCUCGAUCAAACAGAGGCUAUUGGCACAUGGGGGGGGGAGGGGGGGAUGCAUUGAACACGAUGCAUUCAUUUUCUGGUAUCGUUUUAAAGAUUUACUUUCUUUAGCGUCAUUUUUCAUAAAUGUAAUAAUCGCUCUUCAAAGUUUUCCCACACUCGUGGGAUCUGUGUUGAGAUUCAGUAGAAGCCUGCAUGAGCCACACACCUUUGGGAAGCCCGGUCAUUUUGUAACAAUGUCAACUUUUAAAGUCAUUUUUAUUUGUAAAUCGUGCUAUAAGAUCAUAGGACAUUUAUAGUUUGUACUUAUGAAUAUAAUAUUUGUAAGUAUAUAAAUAUUAUAGUUGUCCCUUGAUUAUGCAGUUGUUUUUGUAAAUAUGUUUGUCUGCAUCAAUAAAAAAAAA